AUGGCGCCUCGAGUCAAUAUCCCUCCAGCGACCCGCAUCUGUCUUAUCAGUCUUCUCACCCUCUCCUUGCUGUAUAAUAUCGCCCGAUGGCGGCAACUUGACACCACGCCCGGCGCACCUGCCAUCACCCCGAUCAUACCCUAUUUGACGCUCGUUCCUUCACAAUUUCUUUUCUAUCCGUGGACCCUCCUUACCGCGACACUUGUGGAGCAAAACAUCUUCACCGUGCUUUUGAACGCGGCCACUCUCUUUUAUGGCGGGAAAUACUUGGAGCGCGCAUGGGGAUCCCGGGAGUUUGCGAAGUUCAUCCUCGCCAUCGCAGUCAUCCCGAACGUAACGAUCGUUCCGCUUUAUAUUCUAGGAGCUGCCCUUAAAAGUGGCUCCAGCAGCGGCCUCACGCAGAUAUGCGGCGGUAUCUCGAUUCAAGCAUCCUUCUUGGUCGCCUUCAAGCAGCUCGUCCCGGAGCAUACGGUGACUAUCUUCAAAGGCUUGGUCAAAAUGCGGGUGAAGCACUUUCCCGCGCUGUUUUUGUUCCUGAACACCAUCAGCGGAAUUGUCUUCGGCACGCAUGUCGCAGCGAUUCUUGCGUGGCUCGGCCUCUUGACAAGUUGGACCUACCUGCGCUUCUUCAAACGUCAGCCUGACCUUACUGGCACAUCGACCGACGGGCUAGGCAUCAAGGGUGAUGCCAGCGAGACUUUUGCAUUCGCAUGUCUCUUUCCGGAUGUGCUUCAGCCGCCAAUCGCGUUCCUGUCUGAUCAAGUUUAUGCUCUCCUGGUUGCCAUCAGGAUCUGUACACCCUUCUCCGAGGAAGACAUUGCCUCGGGCAACCAGCAGGUUCUGGCACGGGGCGAGGCAGGUCUUCCCAGUAUUCUUUCCAACCAUCGCAACGGACGGGCCAUGGCGAAGCGGGAAGAAGCAGAGCGCAGACGUGCUCUAGCACUCAAGGCCCUCGACCAGAGACUUCAAGCAGCUGCUGCGGGAAGAGUGCAGCCGGCGACGUCUGCAGCGAACCAGCAAGGAUCCAGCCAUGCUCAGACUCCGACACCUACGGUUUCAGCGGGCCAGAGUAUGUUGGGAGAAACAAGCUACACCCCCGACCAUGCGUGA